AUGCAUGCCAGAUUGCAGCAGCUGAGCAGCCUGGAUAACUCUCUCACUUUUAACCACAGCUAUGGGCAUUCAGAUGCAGACGUUCUUCACCAGUCCUUACUUGAAGCAAAUAUUGCCACUGAAGUUUGCCUUACAAUUCUGGAUACUCUAUCACUAUUCACAAUGGCUUUUAAGAAUCAACUGCUGACUGAUCAUGGGCAUAAUCCACUGAUGAAGAAAGUAUUUGAUGUGUACCUCUGCUUCCUUCAGAAGAAUCAGUCUGAAACAGCAUUGAAAAAUGUCUUCAUUGCUUUAAGGGCACUUAUUUUUAAGUUUCCUUCUAUGUUUUAUGAAGGUAGAGCUGAUAUGUGUUCUGCACUGUGCUAUGAAAUUCUGAAGUAUUGUAAUUCCAAACUGAGUUCAAUUCGUACUGAAGCUUCACAAUUACUGUACUUCUUAAUGAGGAAUAAUUUUGAUUACACAGGAAAGAAGUCUUUUGUUAGGACACACCUGCAAGUUAUUAUUUCAGUAAGCCAGCUAAUUGCUGAUGUUGUUGGAAUUGGAGGAACUAGAUUUCAGCAGUCUCUUUCCAUCAUCAAUAAUUGUGCCAAUAAUGACAGAAUUAUAAAGCACACUACAUUCCCUUCUGAUGUUAAGGAUUUAACAAAACGGAUUCGUACAGUACUGAUGGCUACAGCUCAGAUGAAGGAACACGAAAAUGAUCCAGAAAUGCUUGUAGACCUCCAGUACAGUUUGGCAAAGUCUUAUGCUAGUACCCCUGAACUAAGGAAGACAUGGUUAGACAGCAUGGCAAGGAUCCACGUUAAAAAUGGAGAUCUUUCAGAGGCGGCAAUGUGCUAUGUCCAUGUAGCAGCACUGGUCGCAGAAUAUCUCACACGAAAAGGGAUGUUUAGGCAAGGUUGUACUGCUUUCAGGGUAAUCACACCUAAUAUAGAUGAAGAGGCUUCAAUGAUGGAGGAUGUUGGUAUGCAAGAUGUUCACUUCAAUGAAGAUGUGCUGAUGGAAUUGUUGGAGCAGUGUGCUGAUGGACUCUGGAAGGCAGAACGCUAUGAACUCAUUGCUGACAUAUAUAAACUUAUAAUUCCUAUUUAUGAAAAACGGAGAGAUUUUGAGAGGCUUUCUCAUUUAUAUGAUACUCUUCAUCGAGCAUACAGUAAAGUAACAGAAGUUAUGCAUACAGGCAAGAGACUGCUGGGAACUUAUUUCAGGGUAGCGUUCUUUGGACAGGGAUUCUUUGAGGAUGAAGAUGGAAAGGAAUAUAUCUAUAAAGAGCCUAAACUCACGCCUCUUUCAGAAAUUUCCCAGAGACUCCAAAAACUCUACUCUGACAAAUUUGGAUCUGAAAAUGUCAAAAUGAUUCAGGAUUCUGGCAAAGUAAAUCCUAAGGAUUUAGAUUCAAAAUAUGCAUAUAUUCAAGUUACACAUGUAAUUCCGUACUUUGAAGAAAAAGAGUUGCAAGAAAGAAAAACUGAUUUUGAAAGGACUCAUAACAUUCGUCGCUUUAUGUUUGAGAUGCCUUUUACUCAAGCUGGUAAACGACAAGGAGGAGUAGAAGAACAGUGCAAGAGACGGACUAUUUUGACAGGUACUGAUUGA